CAAUUUUGUGGACACAAAUCCGGUACAAGUUAGAAAAAUCUGGGGUAUCCCUUUUGCAUAAGCUGGUGUACUAUUGUUGUAGUAGAGAAGAUAGUAGUCCAAUUGAAUAAAUGGACACCGUUGAGACGACGAUUACUAGUUUACUACUGGUACGACAGAGUUCAUUCGGUAAUAGACUGGCUUGGUGGGGUGGGGUUAAUGGCUUUAGCUUUGGCAUUGCCACCACCACUUUCUCAGCCACUAAAACCACCACGAAAAGCCCUCAGCUGCCGCUGCUCUGCAACAUCUCAACAACAAGAAGGUGUCAUCGCCUCAUCUUCCCAACUUACUUCCCUCAACUACCGCCCCUCCGUGAUUCUCCCAGGAUUAGGAAAUAAUACAAGUGAUUAUGACAAGUUAAAGCUCACACUGAAUGGGUAUGGAGUGCCGACGGUGAUUGCCAAGGUUUCAAGGAUUGAUUGGCUGAGGAAUGCAGCUGGUUUGGUGGACCCGAAUUACUGGCAGGGGACUCUGCGCCCUCGCCCUGUUCUUGAUUGGUAUUUAAAGAGGGUUGAUGAAGCUGUCAAUGAAGCAAAGGAACUGGCUGCAGGUGGACCUUUAUCUUUAAUUGGACAUUCAGCGGGAGGAUGGCUAGCACGUGUUUACAUGGAAGAAUUUGGGUUGUCCAAUAUUUCAUUGUUAUUGACUCUAGGAACGCCACACCUGCCACCUCCAAAAGGUUCGCCAGGCGUUAUUGAUCAAACUAGGGGCCUCCUGAAUUAUGUUGAAGAAAACUGCUCAAAAGCUGUCUAUACUCCGGAACUGAGAUAUGUGUGCAUAGCAGGGAGGUACAUUCAAGGAGCUCGAUUGCUUGAUGAUCCAAAUGUGAAUCCCAGUUCUGCAGCUUACGUAGACAUUGGCGAACCAGAUUCCGAGGUUGCCGUUGUAAAUGCUGCAAGCCUAUCAACACCUGUUUCCCCUACCUUUCGAACCCGCUUUGUCGGUCAGGGGUACAAGCAGGUUUGCGGUCAGGCGGAUGUAUGGGGUGAUGGAGUUGUCCCAGAAGUAGCAGCACACCUGGAGGGUGCACUCAACCUGAGCUUUGAUGGAGUAUAUCACUCCCCUGUUGGCUCAGAUGAUGACUCGAGACCUUGGUAUGGCUCUCCUGCCAUUGUUGAGCAAUGGAUACAUCAUCUCCUUAACUGAAUUAAAUUAAGUAAAUCCAUUCCCAUUGUGAAGGCAAUUUUGUACUGAAUGCUUUAGCAAAUGAAGUGUCCAAAUCAUUUUAAAUCCUAUCCCUUCAGUUUGAUAUUUUCCAUUGAACAACUCCGUUUUUUUCUUUUUUCUUUCUCAAUCGAACUUCUGAAAACCAAUUGUUAGUCGGUAAGCAGCUUAUGUAUUCUUGAUAUAGUUAUGUUCUUCUAGUGCAUAGUAGCAUGUUUACAA